AUGUCCGACUACGAGGACUCAAUGGACGUGGACGUCCCCUCCAAGAGCGCAAUUCAAUUCAGCUCCGACAACACAAGUGGAAAGGCAAAGCGAGUAGCAGCAGAUUUGCCCGUUGAAGCUCAAGAUAACCUGCCUUGGGUAGAGAAAUACCGCCCCAACACCCUAGAAGAUGUAUCCGGCCACCAAGACAUCCUCGCAACAAUCAACAAAUUCGUCGAAGCAAACCGCCUCCCCCACCUCCUCCUCUACGGCCCCCCAGGAACGGGCAAAACAUCCACCAUCCUCGCCCUAGCCCGCCGAAUCUACGGCGCAAAGAACAUGCGCCAAAUGGUACUGGAACUAAACGCUAGUGACGAUCGCGGUAUCGACGUCGUUCGAGAACAAAUCAAGACCUUUGCCAGCACAAAACAGAUUUUCUCCAUGGCACCCUCAUCCACCUCCACCUCCUCCUCGACCCUCGCCUCCUACAAACUCAUCAUUCUCGACGAAGCCGACGCCAUGACCGCAACGGCCCAAAUGGCUCUCCGUCGCAUCAUGGAGAAAUACACAGCCAACACGCGGUUCUGCAUAAUCGCCAACUACACACACAAGCUCUCUCCGGCACUCUUGUCCCGAUGUACACGAUUCCGGUUCAGCCCGCUGAAAGAGGCAGAUAUCCGGGUAUUAGUGGACAUAGUGAUUGAGAAGGAACAAGUGAAUAUCCAGCCGGAGGCGGUGGAUAGUCUGGUGCGGUUGAGUAAGGGAGAUAUGCGACGGGCGUUGAAUGUGCUGCAGGCUUGUUUUGCGAGUAGUAUACCGUUGCCGAUGAAGAAUGCCCCGAAAGAUCAGGAAGCUAAGGAGAAGCCGGAGGCGGAGGUUAUCACGAACGAGACGAUAUAUGAUUGCAUUGCUGCGCCUCAUCCGUCGGAUAUCGAGGAGAUUAUGACGACGUUGUUGGCGACGAGUGAUGUUACUUCGUGUUUGAUUGCAGAGGCUGGAGGUGCCGGCGCAGACGAGAGUGACGUGGUUGGAAGGGUUGGCGGAGAUUGA